AUGGGAUAAACCUUUUUUGUAUUAAAGAAUCUUGCUGCACAUAGAGUAAAUAAUAUAUAAUAAUUAAUUAGAUUAAAAAUAGAAGAACAGUAUUAAUGUAUGCAUUAUCUAUUGAAUUUGUAAUAUUUAUUUUUGUUGGUGUGAGUGUUUAGAUUGAAAAUUAAGCAACUUAAACUCUUUAGUCAUAUAAUUUAAAAAUAUAAUUUUAGAUUUGGGAAAUACUCUUAAAAGUUUUACUUGGGUAACAGAUUCAUCAGAUAGUUAUAUGUAAAGAUUAGGAUUUUCAGUGAUCUUCUACUAUAAUAGCUAAUUAAAUC